CUCCUCCCUCUCUCUCUCUCUCCAACUCUCUCUUCCUCUGCCUGUUCCUGUGUUGCCACACAUUCUCUGGCUCACUUACGGAGUGUUACAGAGUGCUGAAAACUUGUGUGGCUCCCCUGUAGCUGCACGGCAAGGUGUGUGUGGUGUGAGGGGGUGGCGUGCUCAUUUCUGUGGGCAUUUUCUUGGAUGCGUGUGCUUUUGUGGCUGAAGCGCCUGCACGUUUGUCUGAAGUGCUCGAGAAGGCGAGUGCUCAGCUCCGUCUUUCGGACACACACCCGUGUCCUCCGUUCUCUCGCUCACGGGUCACAGCGCCUCCGGGAACAUCCGGCUGGGUCACUCCCAGGCAUUCCACACUGUAUCUGGGAUGAGUGUCAACAGCAGCAUGGAUAGAGUUGGGAAGGGAAGCAAGCAGGAGUCUGAGAGCGUGGAGAUGAACAAGCUGCGUCAGAGCCUGCGCAGGAAGAAGCCCACCUACGUGCCUGAGGCCAGCCGGCCGCACCAGUGGCAGGCGGAUGAGGAGGCCGUGCGCAAGGGCAAAUGCAGCUUCAGUGUCCGGUAUCUGGGCCUGGUGGAGGUGGAGGAGUCCAGAGGGAUGCAUGUUUGUGAGGAGGCUGUAAAGAAGCUGAAACUGAGUGGGAAGAAGACGGUGAAAGCCAUGCUAUGGGUGUCUGCUGACGGUCUGAGAGUGGUGGAUGACAAAACCAAGGACCUCAUUGUCGAUCAGACCAUCGAGAAGGUGUCCUUCUGCGCGCCUGACCGUAACUACGACAAGGCCUUCUCCUACAUCUGCAGGGACGGCACCACCCGGCGAUGGAUCUGCCAUUGCUUCAUGGCCCUGAAGGACUCGGGUGAGCGCCUCAGUCACGCCGUGGGAUGCGCCUUUGCCGCCUGCUUGGAGCGAAAGCAGCGGCGGGAGAAAGAAUGUGGCGUCACAGCAUCCUUUGACCCCAGCCGCACAUCAUUUGUCCGCGAGGGUUCGUUCCGCAUGUCCUCGGCUGGACAGCAUGGCGACAGAGAGGACGGCACGAAGCAGCUCCAGGAACGUAAGAAAGAACCAUGUACCAUCCCUGCAUUGCCGCCAGGGAAUGCCUCACCACCGGAGGGUGCUGCCAUGCAGGCAGAGCGGGUGGAGCCUAGCGGGCCCCACGCGAUCCCACGACGCCAUGCCCCCCUCGAGCAGCUGGUGCGUCAGGGCUCAUUCCGCGGCUUCCCUGCACUCAGCCAGAAGAACUCGCCGUUUAAAAGGCAGCUGUCACUGCGCCUCAACGACCUGCCCUCCAACCUGCAGCGCAAGACCGACUUCCAGGCCAAGAAUCCAGUUCCUGAGAUGGAGUCCUCAGGGGUGGGAGAGUCUGGGGAAGCUGACAACAUCACGGCGCUGUGCAGUCAGAUCGACAGUUCCCUGAGCAGGGCCACGGAGGAGACAGGCAGCAGAGCUACCAGCAACGGCACCGUCCCACCGACUAUUCCCCCACCAUCAGCUGCUCCGCAAGCUGCCCCCUCAUGGCUGCAGGCGGAGCCAGCUGUGCAGUCCCCACCCCCCUCCUUGCAAUCCCCGCCCACCUCUGUGCAGUGCCCGCCCCUCGCUGUGUCGUCCCCACCGCCUGGCGUGUCGAGCGGCCACAAGCGCACACCAUCGGAGGCCGAGCACUGGCUGGAGGAGGUGGCCAAGGCCGUGAAGGCGCAGCCGCCGCUGCCAGGGCCCAGUAUGCCCACCGUGCCCGCGGCACAGGGUUCUGUCCCCCCUGCCGUGCAGACCUUCCCCCUGGCCUUCGACUCCACCCCUGCACCCAUGGGAACAUACGCCCAGCCUCUGCUCCUGCCUGCAUAUGUGUCCCUGCAGGCGUACAUGCCCACCGUGGCCAACAGCAUGACAUACCCCAGUGCCAGCGUGCCUGUGGUGGGCAUCACACCAUCACAGAUGGUGGCUAACGUUUUCUGCAGUGCGGCCGGGGCGACCGGUGCCGGGGCCAUCGGUCUCGGCCCGGGGCCCAAGACGGGUACGCUCGCCGGGGGCACCUCGGCCGUCCCAAACCAGCCUGCGCCGGCAACGUUCGCCAGCCCUCCAGUCGUCAACGGACUGCCUCACGGCUCACACCCCUCCACCAGCACUGUGGGCCCCACCAGCCUUACGCACAAUGGAGCCACCACUGGUGGGAGUGGCAUCGUGAGCAGCUGGCCAAUAGAGAGCCUUCAGCAGGCCCAACCCCCACCUGACGCCCAGGAAGCAGAGCGCUUUGAGGCCCAGUGGGUGGCGCUAGAGUCCAAAUCGCAGCCCAAGACAGCCAACCCUUUCACCAACGACUUACAAAAGACGUUUGAGAUUGAGCUAUAAUCCCGUCGGCUUCGGCCGGCUCCACUGAGCCUGACACACAAACUGUUGCUUUAACUUCUCUUUUCUUUCUCAUAGUGAAUGUCGGCUGAAUGCACGUGCCCUUCGUUACUUUGAUGUAGGGGAUUGCCGCUUUUCUGUUUCCUGUCGUUCAGACUUCAGACGACUUCUGACUAGAGAUCCCGGAAUCUCUCCAAACCCAAGACACGCCACCACGCCAUUAUCUUACUCAGAGGACAGAAUUCCCUUCUGAGUUUGAGUUCAGUAACGGUCCUGGUUUGGCAAGCCAAUCACACAACCGUCAAAACCUGCAAAAGAAGCAAAUGUUUAAUUAGUGAAUGGCCAAAAUAUCUAUUUAUUAUGUUUUAUUAUAUUGUAAGAAUUAAUUUAAAUCCGAUUUGUACUUGGUGAUAUGACUCCAUUUUGGUUUCCCUGUAUUUAUAACUGUGUGACUCAAGCUCAUUAUGUAAUUUGGCAGCAGGGAGGUCUGACUGUACGAUUUGAGCUGUUGUGAUGGACAUGUGAGAGAAUGUAAAUAGUCCACUACUUUAUCUGCCAUUAUCACCAUGUUUGUUCGAUCUUAUUCAGUGACACUGGCUCACCAGAAGGAUUGAUGUCUGAGACCUAUACAAGGCCUGUGUGAGGCUUGUGGGAAGGGUUGAUGUCUGAGACCUAUACAAAGCUUCUGGUGACCUGUGUGAGGCUUGUGGGAAGGGUUGAUGUCUGAGACCUAUACAAGGCUUCUGGUGACCUGUGUGAGGCUUGUGGGAAGGGUUGAUGUCUGAGACCUAUACAAGGCUUCUGGUGACCUGUGUGAGGCUUGUGGGAAGGGUUGAUGUCUGAGUUUGGCAGCUACAUGCAACAUCUUUUUCCAGAGUCUGUUAAUGAAAUUACAAGUGUGAUUUCUUUUGUGGGAAAGUUUAACAAUGUCCUGAGAGGCAGGUGCAAUUUAUCUCCACAGACAGUACUGCUGCAGAGACACACUCAUGCCAGCUGGGGUCUUUAUGACAUUAAAAAGUUUAAAAAUAUUCAGGCAGCCUAUAGAGCUUAAAAACUUAACACUGCAAUACUUUCAUUGAGGCAGAAUUUCCUUUUGGCAGGGAUGCAUUCAGAGAGCUUUACGUCUGAGGAUGGCAGAGAGAGAAGAAUAAACAAACAGAAAGAAAGCUGAGAAUCGAGUGGAGCUGUGUGGCUCCGGCUGUGGCUGCAGCACGACCUGAGGAUGCAUUAGGAAGCUGCAGGUUCAGACUUGGAGGCCUGAAAGUGUGGGACUGAACUGGAUUUCAUUAGAGGAGUUUAAAAUUUUUUUUUUCAUAUGAUGCACGCAUGCUCAAAAUAUCUUUUUUAAUUACAGUGUGUUAAUAAGAGCAUUUUGCACUCCUUACUAAAUCUGUAAAAUAAAUCAUUUUCAUAUAUCACAAGCAGAAACAUACGCAUAUAUGUACAUGUUUUUUUGUGAUAUAUUUCCCUGUUCAGCAAUCACACUACCUUUAGCCAUGUAGGUGUGCAAGUCCUGCUGAACAUGGUGACAGCAAACAUGUCCCUUCUGGGGAAACAUCACAAGACAUCACACUUUGACUUUUUUUUGCAACCUGCACAGUCCUCACGUCGCAAUAACGCCACUUGUUCUAUUGUGCACUGAAACUGAUCCGCUGGCUCAAUUCUUGGUGCAGGACUGGGAAGUGUUUGAUAAGGAAAUGUUUGAUAAGUUAAUGUUCCAGUGUCUGGAGCUUCUCAGAGAAAAGGCUUA